ACAAAGGAGAAAAAAAAAAGUGUGCAUGAUACGUGCCGGUGGAAUCUGGGUGUUGGCUCGGGCCUCUUCCCUGCCACAGUCUCCCAGCCGAGGCUCAUCUGACAACACCAGCAGCGCCAGGCGGUCCACCACAGACACGAAGGAUGUCGCAGGAAGCCAAGCUAAAGGAGGCGUCGAAGGCUGCGGUGGCUGCUGCAAGUGACCCCCUGGAAAAACUGAGGAGCCACUGCCUGUCCAGCGGCUACUCCGGCAUCCUCUCCUUUGGCAAGCUAUUCCGGAGACUGGACAAGGACCGCUCAUGGACACUUUCUAAGGACGAGAUGAGUCGCGGCGUGGCUCAGUUUGGCCUUGAUUUCUCUGACGCUGAAAUUGACCAGCUAUUCAAGGCCUUUGAGAAGGACGGGGCGGCUGGCAUCAACUACGAAGAGUUCCUGGAGGCUCUGAGGCCGAGCAUGGGUGGCGCAAGGAAGGAGGUGGUGGAAAAAGUCUUCAAGCACCUGGAUAAAACUGGUGACGGAGUGGUGACCGUGGAGGACCUGAAGGGCGUCUACUCAGCCAAGAACCAUCCCAAGGUGCAGAAGGGCGAGGCCACAGAGGAGGACUUGCUCAAAAAGUUCCUUAGCUUGUUCGAGAGCAAUGGUUCAGUUGAUGGCAAGGUGACCAAACAGGAGUUCUUCGACUACUACUCCAGCUUCAGCAAGGCAAUUGACAACGAUGAGUACUUCGUCACCGUGGUCAACCAGAGCUGGGGCCUUUAGGUCACCUCUGCUCUUAGUUCAGUGAAAGGUACAGGAAAUAAUGAAGAUUGCCGAGACUCACUGAAUACGACAAGUAAACAUUUUUUAGAGAGAGGCGUUAAGAAAUAAAUGUUAAAAGUAAUCAUGAUUUUUACGUAAGAAAGUUUAGAAAAUUAAGAUUGUUAGUUUAGGAAGUUGCAAUGAAAGGUUAGCUUACCAAGUUAGUCCACAAAUUUUAAAGUUCCUGAAGGACGGUGGUAUUUUGAAAGAAAGAGAGAAAAUAAGUCACAAAUAAGAAUAAAUUAUCUUUCAUAACAAUCAAAAAGUGUAUAAAAUGAAAAAUUCGAUUUUUGUUUUUUUAUUUCUUCACACACAAUACCAUGUCACUGGAACGCACACUAGCACGAGUAGUUACGUGGUGAAGGUCCUGCUGGCGCCUCUCCGGUGUGAAGCCUGAGAUGAAGCCCAAUAUUCUUAAAAAUCUUCGCAAUUUCACAGCUUACUUUUCAACUGGUCCACUUACUCCAAUAUUCCGCAAACCACAGCACUAAAGGCCUUGUCAACAUGCAAUAUUUACAAGCACCUAGAAGAAAGAGCAUUAAAAGAACAAAUUUCCCACCUUCUAGUUAUUAUGAUGUUUAAAGACGACUGUGGAGUAAUGAUAAAUAUUUCUGAGUGGUUUGUCGGGUAAGGAAACAAACGCUAAAUAUCAAUGUAAGGAUGAAAACGGUUCUCGAGGGUGUCUUAAACUGUCUUUGUACUUUUAACUUCUUCACUACCAGGACGUGUUUUCAAAUCUAUUCUGUUUACUAUUUGGCAACUUUAUACAGGUCCAGAAACUUACGUGAGGGUUGAAAUAGUGAAGACUGGUCAUUGAUUUUUCCACCUUCAUAGACCCUCCUAAUGUAAAUGAAAUCGUCAAAUCACACCAAAAAUCAUGAUAAAAAUGUGUUCCAGUAAUGAAGGGGUUAAGACAUUUAUCCCUUUCUUUUGUCUAGCUCUCUCGGACCUGCAAGGGAACUGGCAACUAAAUGGGGCUUUUUUUUUUCAACUCUUUCUGUUCCCCUUGGCCAGUUUUUCCCCUCUUAUGUCUUCUUUGUGGACUUAGAAAAUAGGAUCGUUCUGAGGGAGUAGAGGGUUUAGGAGUAAGGGAGAAAGUGACGCAUCGCCCACGCUGUCUCCACCAACGCUUGUCACUGCACAAACAGCAGCCUAACCACAGCACAUCGCCUCCCAACCAAUGUCAUAAUGAGCUUUUUGUUUAGAUUUUUUCUUCAGAAUGUUAAUGAAGAAAACACACUGCACUUUAUAUUAUGAAAAGUUCAUCAACAAAAAAAUCUAGAAUAUUCCAUAUA